CAGAGUCAGCUGGGCUCAGCUUCAAGGGGACCAGGGGGACCAUGGCCGGUGCAGAGUCCUCUCUGCUUACAACCCUAGGUCCCAGCCCAGAUCCUGGCGACAGCCAGGGAGAGCUGGACUGCAGUUUCAAUGAAGAGUUCAAGUUCAUCCUGCUGCCUGUGAGUUACACAGUCGUUUUCCUGUUGGGCCUGGGCCUCAACACCCUGACCCUCUGGCUCUUCCUCUUUCGCCUCCGACCCUGGGAUGCCACGGCCACCUACAUGUUCCACUUGGCCUUGUCAGACACUUUGUAUGUGCUGUCACUGCCCACCCUCAUCUACUAUUAUGCGGCCCGAAACCACUGGCCCUUUGGCACGGGGCUCUGCAAGUUCAUUCGCUUCCUCUUCUACUGGAACCUCUACUGCAGCGUCCUCUUCCUUACCUGCAUCAGCGUGCACCGCUACCUGGGGAUCUGCCACCCGCUUCGGGCCCUGCGCUGGGGCCGCCCGCGCUUUGCGGGCCUUCUCUGCCUGGCCGUUUGGUUGGUCGUAGCUGGCUGCCUUGCGCCCAACCUGUUCUUCGUCACCACCAGCCCCAAGAAGGACACCAUCCUGUGCCACGACACCACUCGGCCCGAGGAGUUUGACCACUACGUGCACUUCAGCUCAGCCGUCAUGGGGCUGCUGUUUGGCGUGCCCUGCCUGGUCACUCUCGUUUGCUAUGGGCUCAUGGCCCGGCGCCUGUAUCGGCCCUUGCCAGGGGCCGCCCAGUCAUCCUUGCGUCUGCGUUCUCUCCGCACCAUCGCUGUGGUGCUGACUGUCUUCGCUGUCUGCUUUGUGCCCUUCCACGUCACCCGCACCAUUUAUUACAUGUCAAGGCUGCUGGAAGUCGACUGCCAGGUGCUGAACGUUGUCAAUGUGGUCUACAAAGUGACUCGGCCUCUGGCCAGUGCCAACAGCUGCCUGGAUCCCGUGCUCUACCUGCUCACGGGGGACAAGUACCGCCGUCAGCUCUGGCAGCUGUGCAGGUGUGGGGAGCCUCAGCCCCCCACCACGGCCUCCACCCUGGCGCUGGUGUCCCUGGCUGAGGAAAGCAGAUGCAGGUGGACAUCCACCCGGAGGGACCGUGGCUUCCCUGCCCCUGGGGCAGAUAGAUUGUAG